AGUAGACAUUUCAUUUAUUAUUGCAUGAAACGUCAAUAAGCGAAUGUCGAAAACGGAAAGCGGAACGGAAACGUGAAAAAGUUACCAAUUGUUUUGUGUUUAUAAAUUUGACCGUGUACGUUAGUUGUAUCGUCGUCUUGUUUUGUGUUUGUAUAAAAUAUAAAGACAAACAAAAAAAAAAAAACAAAGAAAUAAUUAGUGACAAAGCAAAAAAUAAAUAACGUCUCACGACACAUAUUGCUUGCGAAAGCAAUAAAAAAACAUAGGUAACGGUACGGACUGGACCGAUACUUUCGUUCGAGCAAUAUAACAACAAUAACAAAUAAAAAAGAACAACGUCACCGACAUCAUCAACUAUGAGAUUUUAUUCGUUUGGAGCAACAACUGUUGCUCUUCUGCUGGCAUUUGCUGUGAUUGCCAAUGGUCAAGAAGCUGAGAAUGAACCCGAGGUAGAAACCGCCGAACCAGUCUCAGAGGACCCGAUCAAACUGGUACAUGUCUUGAAUCCCGGCGAACGUGAAUAUCUCUCACCCAACUUGAUUGGAGUCCAGAACAUAGCCAUCACCUUCCUGCCACUGUCGAUGAACUUCAUCAACAUCGUCGAUGCUUUUCGGGAAAUUGUGAAUGGCGUCAAAUACGACAUUGUCGUAAAUGCCGUGGACACGAAGGACAAUGAUGCCGAAAUUGUCUGUCAUUUGGUCAUUUUGGAGAAACCUUGGCUGCGCACCGAAUGGGGUGACAAGGUGCGCGAGCUACAACAUUCUAACUGCAGUUCAAAUGCUCUGGAUGAGGAUGGUGAUCAGUCUCCCCGUAAUCCCUUGGUCCGUGCCAAUUCCAUUAAUGAUAAGUAUGAUAAGAGUUCCGUCUUCAAUGGAGGUUCACGCCAUGAACUCUCCGCCGAUGACAUGAAGCAUCUAGAAGAUCAAAUUGUAGCCUCAGCCAUUAGUUCUAAACGUCUCUCUUCGAAUAACCUUAGAAUCCAGGAAAAUGAGGAAACACAGAGUGAAAAUGGCAACAUAGAAGGCCAAGCCACGGAAGAGGUGUUGUCCGUGGCCACAACGGAAGGAGAACAGGUGGAAAGCAAUGAUAACGAAGAAGAUACAACCACAGAGGAACAGACCACAAAUCAAAGCGCCGAUGAUGUGACCACCAACACCAUUUUACCAGAAACCACAGCCUCCACUACAACUGCCGCCGCCAUCAACGAUGACAGCACCACAGAUGUGGUCGAGUUGAGCGAAGAUGACAAAAAAUGGCUGGAUGACAUCUUCUCCAUUGGUGCCCUGAAUUUUGAAAACUCUUUAAAGGCCAGCCGAGGCCUAAGCAUUGACGAUGAUGAGGAUCUGGGUCAACAGCAGCAGGUUGAAGAGGAGCCUAUUAUUGUGCGAAGCAAACGCUCUGCCAAUGCCCUUGGCGGAAGCACAGCACUGGACUUCGAUAAAGCCGAAAAGAUAUUAACAAAAUCUUUAAAUAAAAUUGCUACCGGUGAGGGUCCAGCUUAUAGAAUCUCCAAAAUCCAUUCGGCCGAAAAACAAACCGUUGCCGGUACUCUAACUAAAAUAGAUGCCGAUUUAAUCGGUGCCGAUGGCGAAGAAGAACGUUGUCUUGUCGAAAUUUGGACCAGAGCUUGGUUGGCCGAUGGCAAUGAAGUCACCAUUAAGUGUCCCAAGAAGGAUGUGGUCAAGAGACGCCACAGUCGUUCAGUCGAAUAUGCCGAAAAGAAAUUACACAAAAAAUCCAACCAUCACAAUCUCAACAAAGUCGAACAUCUCUUUUCGAAAUUCCAAGUAAAAUACAAGCGCCAUUAUCACACCACCAUGGAACGUCAAAUGCGCAUGCGCAUCUUCAAGCAGAAUUUGAAAAUCAUCCAAGAAUUGAAUGCCAAUGAAAUGGGCAGCGCCAAAUACGGCAUCACCGAAUUUGCCGAUUUAACCAGCACUGAAUACAAACAACGUACCGGUUUGUGGCAACGUGAUCCCGUCAAGUCUGCAGCAACACCCAAAGCUGAGAUUCCCAACAUUGAUUUGCCCAAAGAAUUCGAUUGGAGGGAGAAGGGUGUUAUCUCACCAGUUAAGAAUCAAGGAAACUGCGGCUCCUGUUGGGCAUUCAGUGUCACCGGUAAUGUUGAAGGUUUGCAUGCUGUCAAAACUGGUAAAUUGGAAGAAUAUUCAGAACAAGAACUUUUGGAUUGUGAUACAACUGAUUCUGCUUGCAACGGUGGUUUACCCGAUAAUGCCUAUGAAGCCAUUGAAAGAAUUGGUGGAUUGGAAUUGGAAAGUGAAUAUCCCUAUCAUGCCCGCAAAGAACAAUGCCACUUCAAUAAGGCCAAGGUUCAUGUACGCGUCAAGGGUCACGUUGACUUGCCCAAAAACGAAACAGCUAUGGCUCAAUGGUUGAUUGCCAAUGGUCCCAUUUCAAUUGGUAUCAAUGCCAAUGCCAUGCAGUUCUAUCGCGGUGGUGUUUCACAUCCCUGGCGUCCAUUGUGCUCGCACAGCAAUCUCGAUCAUGGUGUCUUAAUUGUGGGCUAUGGUGUUUCGGACUAUCCCAUGUUUAAGAAAACUCUACCCUAUUGGAUUGUUAAGAACUCGUGGGGCAGCAAAUGGGGUGAACAGGGCUAUUAUCGUGUGUAUCGUGGCGAUAAUACCUGUGGUGUCAGUGAGAUGGCCAGUAGUGCCGUUUUAGCUGAUGAUUAGGAUUUGUGGUCUCAAAAUGUUUAAAUUACACCUCUACAACAUCAACAAAAUAAAUAAAA